ACUAGAUUCAAUAUACUAUCCAGAUGACAGGGUAAAGCAGAGGACCAAAGAUUCAGAGACACGGUACUCAAGUUUGAUAACAGUAAUGAGCAUUGAGAAGGUACAUCAACAAAAUCUGAAAUGCCGCCUGAGAUACGACCUCUCGUCACCAACACCAACAACAAAUUCUACUUCUACUAUGGCCACCGCAAACCAUCUCAGAAUCGACCAACUGUCCGUGGUGGGAUCUUCUCCAAUCGAAAAACCUCAAACCCUAAUAGUUUUGAUCAGUCUAAAACCCUUAACCCUAAACACCAAUCAAAUUCCGCUUCUACCUCAUUCGACCUACAAAAAUGGGACCCCAAUUCUCCUGGAUCCCUAUCAACCCCACCAACAAAAACAGCGUCUGAGAAAUUCUUCUCAAUUGCUCAGACCCUCACUCCAAUUGCUCGAUAUAUAUGUGAUUCCUUCCACAAGCACAAACAUUGGGGACCAUCUAUUAUCACUGACCUCAAUAAGCUCCGACGAGUCACUCCUAAGCUUGUUGCUGAAGUUCUAAAGGUCCAAACUGAUCCAAGGAUCUCCUCCAAGUUCUUCCACUGGGCAGGUAAGCAGAAGGGUUACCAACACAAUUUUGUUUCUUACAAUGCAUUUGCUUAUUGCUUGAAUCGUGCAAACCAAUUUCGGGCAGCUGAUCAAGUGCCCGAGCUCAUGAACAUGCAAGGGAAGCAACCUAGUGAAAAACAAUUUGAAAUUUUGAUUAGGAUGCAUUCUGAUGCCGGCCGGGGUCUUCGGGUUUACUAUGUUUAUGAAAAGAUGAAGAAAUUCGGAAUCAAACCUAGAGUAUUCCUUUACAACAGGAUCAUGGAUGCACUUGUAAAAACGGACCAUUUGGAUUUGGCAAUGUCAGUUUAUGAGGAUUUUAAAGAGGAUGGGUUAGUGGAAGAGAGUGUUACUUAUAUGAUCCUGAUUAAAGGGUUGUGUAAGGCAGGCAGGGCUGAUGAGGUUUUGGAGCUUUUGGGUAGGAUGAAGGAGAAUUUGUGUAAGCCAGAUGUGUUUGCUUACACGGCAAUGAUCCGGAUAUUGGUUUCAGAGGGAAAUCUUGACGGUUGUGUAAGGGUUUGGGAGGAAAUGCAUGGGGAUGGGGUUGAACCAGAUGCUAUGGCUUACACCACUUUGAUCACAGGUUUGUGCAAGGGGAAUGAGGUUGAUAAAGGUUAUGAACUUUUUAAGGAGAUGAGAGAGAAGGUUUAUUUGAUAGACAGGGCUGUUUAUGGCUCAUUGAUUGAAGCAUUUGUAGCAAAUAGGAGGGUUGGUUUGGCUUGUGACUUGCUGAAAGAUCUAAUGGAAUCUGGCUAUCGAGCUGAUCUGUCAAUAUACAAUUCUUUGAUAAAAGGUUUAUGUAAUGUGGACCAGGUAGACAAGGCUUAUAAGCUUCUUCAAAUCACAGUCCAGGAGGGUCUUAGUCCUGACGUUGUUACUAUAAAUCCCAUCUUGGUGGCUUUUGCAGAGCAAACCAGAAUGAAUGACUUUUGUAAAUUGCUUGAGCAGAUGAAGAAAUUGGGAUCUCCAGUUAUACAUGAUCUCUCCAAGUUCUUUUCAUUCUUGAUUGAAAAGGGGAACAGAGAACUGACAGCUUUACAAGUGUUUACGUACUUGAAGGAAAAAGGAUAUUCCAGUGUUUCAAUUUACAAUAUCCUUAUUGGGGCUCUUCACAGUAUACGGGACAUCAAAGAAGCAUUAUCACUCUUCAAUGAGAUGAAAAAUUCAGAUGUUGGACCUGACUCAUCUACAUAUAGCACCAUAAUUCCAUGCUUUGUAGAAAUAGGAGAUCUCAAGGAGGCAUGUUUAUGUUAUAAUAAGAUAAAGGAAAUGUCUUGUGUUCCCACUGUAAUUGCCUACUUAUCUCUUGUCAAAGGGCUCUGCAAAAUUGGAGAGAUCGAUGCAGCAAUUGUUUUAGUUCGUGACUGCUUAGCAAAUGUUAUGAGUGGGCCCAUGGAGUUCAAAUACACUCUUACCAUUCUCCAUGUUUGUAAGUCGGGUGAUGCUGAUAAGGUGAUUGAAGUACUGAAUGAAAUGAUGCAACAGGGAUGUCCACCAGAUGAAAUCAUAUAUUCUGCUGUUAUUUAUGGUAUGUGCAAUCAUGGAACUUUAGAGGAAGGAAGAAAGGUAUUUGUACAUAUGAAAGAGCGUGGCCUUCUAAGAGAAGCAGAAAUGAUCCUAUAUGAUGAGUUACUUAUUGACCACAUGAAAAAGAAGACAGCAAAUUUGGUUGUGUCAGGUUUGAAGUUUUUUGGUUUGGAAUCAAAGUUGAAAUCAAGGGGUAGUACACUCUUACCGAGUUGAAGAUACAUUCCAGAAGGUACUGGGGGUGUUUUUGGAACCAUGAUAGCAGAUUAUCCUUGUAUUUUUGGGUCCCAGUCGUGUUUCUGAUUUAGUGUCUGCUUAGCUCUGGGAAAUUAUUCAAGGAUUGGAGAUUUCCCAACGAAUGGGUGACCUAAGGUCU